CGCAGUGCCAAGCGCGGUCAUGGAAGGCUUUUAGCGCAGUUGAAAUGCCGAAUCUCAAACAUUUCUUUUUGGAGAGUUACAUUAGCCUCUUCCUCGUGGUGCAUUUCUUAAAUCUUUCAUUUAUCGCUCAAUCUUUACCAAGUGUUAUUAAAAUAGGAGGCUUAUUUGACACUGACGAUGAUGAGCAAGAGCUAGCUUUUCGAAUUGCAGUAGACAAAAUAAAUGGUGACACUAGUGUUUUGCCGCGCUCAAGAUUGGUUGCGGAAGUUGAGAAAGUUGCUAUCGAUGACAGCUUUAGAGCGACGAAAAAAGUAUGCUCGUUGCUGGAAACUGGGAUUGCUGGAAUCUUUGGUCCUCAAUCUGAUGUCACCAGCAUGCAUGUGCAAUCAAUCUGUGAUGCCAUCGACAUUCCCCACGUAGAAACUAGAUGGGAUUUUCAAUUACAAAGAGCUGAUAUGUCCAUUAAUUUAUUCCCCCGACCUUCAGUUCUAAGCCAAGCCUACGUAGACCUUGUUAAGAUAUGGGGUUGGAGGAGCUUUUCUUUAGUCUACGAUGAGCAUGAAGGUGUGAUUCGCCUUCAAGAUUUUUUAAAAGAAGCACAGGUGAAUGAUUGGCGAGUCCAGCUAUAUCAAUUUCGCCCAACACAAGCCUACAGAGAUAUCUUUUGGAAGAUCAAAUCAGCAGGAGAAUCAAAAAUUGUUCUCGAUGUCAAACGAGACACUUUGCGCACAGUUUUAAAACACGCUCAACAAGUCGGAAUGAUGACAGAAAGUCAUAAUUACCUCAUCACUUCUUUAGAUCUUCAUACCAUAGAUAUGGAAGAUUUUAAGUAUGGCAAGACAAAUAUCACUGGGUUUCGAUUAGUCGACGAAAACAAUGCGGACCUUCAAGGUCUUGUCGUAGAACUUAAUACAAAAUGGACAGGAGCCAUCCGAAAACUUGAUUUUCCAAUUAAAACAAUUCGAACCGAAACUGCCUUGAUGUACGAUGCUGUACAACUCUUUGCCAAGGCACUCCAAGAUUUAGAUGGAAGUAAAUCUAUAGAAUUUCCUCCAAUUUCAUGUGAUAGUGGUUUGCGAGGAUUAGAUGGUAGCAGUAUUAUUAAUUUCAUGAAACCCAGUAGUAUACAAGGCCUUACUGGAAAAGUAAAAUUCGACGAACAAGGCUUUAGAUCUGAAUUCGUUUUGGAUCUCAUUUAUUUAACUAAAGAUGGAUUAGAAAAAAUUGGAGUGUGGGCGCCUGGCAAAGGUAUAAAUAUUACUAAAAAUAUGUCCAAUGGAUACGACACCCUUUUACUGCAAAACAAAACGCUCAUUGUAACAACCUAUGUGAACUCCCCUUAUGCUAUGCUAAAAGACUCAGCUGAAAAACUUACAGGCAACGCACGAUAUGAAGGUUUCUGCAUUGAUCUCAUUGAUCAUUUAGCCAAACAUUUAGGUUUUAAAUAUAUUAUUAAAGAAGUGGCAGACAGAAAAUAUGGCAUCAAAAAUGAGAAUGGAGAGUGGAAUGGCAUGAUUGGUGAACUUAUUAGAGGAGAUGCUGAUAUUGCAAUUGUAGAUCUCACAAUCACAUCUUCCCGAGAAGAAGCGGUAGAUUUCACAAUGCCUUUCAUGAAUACUGGCAUCAGUAUACUUUUCAAAAAACCUACAACCAAAGUGACAACUUUAUUUUCUUUUCUAUCCCCUUUCUCAAUGGAAGUUUGGAUUUAUGUUAUGGGAGCCCACAUUGGAGUAAGCAUAACGCUAUUCUUAGUGGGACGAUUAAGCCCAUAUGAGUGGGAUAAUCCACAUCCCUGCCGACAGGAUGAACAAGUUCUUGAGAACAGUUUUAGUUUAAUGAAUAGCUUAUGGUUUACAAUAGGAUCUCUUAUGCAACAAGGAUCUGAUCUGGCUCCUAGGGCAAUGUCAACGAGAACCAUUGCAGGAAUUUGGUAUUUUUUCACAUUAAUAAUGAUUUCAUCCUAUACAGCCAACUUGGCAGCCUUUUUAACAGUAGAAAAAGUUAUCUAUCCUGUAGAAAGUGCAGAAGAUUUAGCAAAGCAAACCAAAAUUAAAUAUGGUUGCUUAGGAAGCGGCUCAACAAAAGCAUUUUUCAAGGAGUCAAAGAUUCCUACUUAUCAAAAAAUGUGGAAUUUUAUGAACAAACAUCAAGAAGUGUUCAUGUUAAACAACGAAAAAGGAGUCCAACGUGUCAUGCAAGGCGAUUAUGCAUAUCUUAUGGAAUCAGCAUCUAUUGAAUACAUUACCGAGAGAAACUGUAAUCUUACUCAAAUUGGAGGCUUACUAGACUCGAAAGGCUAUGGCAUAGCCACGAGGAAAGGAUCCACAUAUAGAACACCAUUAUCAAGCGGAAUUUUAAAACUUCAAGAAGAUGGUAUUCUACAUAUUCUAAAAGAGCGUUGGUGGAAGCAGAAAAAGGGUGGCGGCAAAUGUAUGGAUGAUUCCAAAAAGUCAUCUAGUGGAGUAACAGAGUUAGGCUUAGGAAAUGUGGGAGGUGUUUUUGUUGUCCUUCUAACAGGUCUGGCUUUAGCUGCAUUUGUUGCAGUUAUUGAGUUCUUCUGGAAAGCAAGAAGACUUGCUCAUGUUGAUAGAGAACCUCUAUGUAAAGAGAUGUUCCGUGAGCUAAAGUUUGCUCUUUCCUGUCGAAGCUCUACAAAACCAGUUAUUGGAAGGAAACAAGACAAUUGUGGAGAAUUCAGAGUAUCAACUAUACCAGGAUACAGUACCCAGUAUUAAAAAAUGAUUUUUAGGUGCUUUUAGACAUUCAAACAAAGUUGUAUGAAGCAACUUGUGAGACAAACUCUCUUAGCUGACAAAGAAUGUUGGGGCGUUUUAUAAUUACCAUGGAACUUAAGAGUAGUCUUUUUUUAUCACCAGUAACAAAAUGGUUUUAGCCUCUUUUUCAUUAGGUUAAAGUCAUUCAGCCACCGAAACAUUUAUACAUGUUAGAUAAAGUUUUUAUUAUAACCGAACAUAGACUGAAACAUUUUGAAGGAAAUUAUUUGGUGGCAUUUUUGCAAUAACUAUUUUAUAUAACUGAAAAAUCUCAUUUAUCGUCUGUGUUCAUACUGUAAGAUAUUUUAAAUUACAAUUAUUCUAUUGUUUGUGUAAUUUUGAAACCUAAUUUUCUUCUUUAAUCCGAUUUCGAUGUACCUGAAUAAUAUAAACACGAACUAAAUUAUUCAGUCCCGCUUCCAUAGACUAUAAUUCGUUUAUUUUAUUUUUUUAUUAAGUGCUCGCGAUUACUUUUGUGAAAUAUUUAAUUAUAAGUCUACUAUGCCUCAUUUUUAUAAUUGCAAAUGCUUAAUUCGCAAACUAAUAACUACGUAAAAAUUGAGACGACAAAGUUUGUUUGUUUAUAUGGGAGCUAUCAAAACCGUUCCUCUUAAAUCUACCGCAGAAUGCUAAAUCUAAAGGGAAAAAUAUUUUCUAACACAAUUAUCUCAAAAAGCUGUAAAUCGAACUUUAAUCCUGUUUGCAUUCUAUAAAGAAAAAUAAGAU